UCAAGGGACGGGCUUGCUGGUCAUGCAGAUGACUUGUUGGUCAACAAAAGUCUACAAAAUCAGGGUGCGGUAACGAUGCCUAAGGGAGAAUCAGUAUAUUCAACCAAUAGUGAACUUCGCGAAGAAUAUUAAAAGUGGUAAGAUUGAGCCUUAUCUUUUUGUUGAAGUAGUAACCAGCUAGUUCCUCCUAAAUAGGUUAUUUAACAGCAUUUUAUUCCGGCGGGCCGGUUAGCAAGGUUAGCUCGGGUGUGAAGAAUGACACACACAUACACAAACUUAUAGAAAAUCGUUUCUUUUGAAUUCUAUCUACAAAUAUGCUUUUUCAAAAUAUUCAAACUUAUGUCUAUCUUUUUAUUUUGGUUGAAGCGGAAAGAAGACAACCACGAUAGAUGCAAUAUCAAAAUCAGGGUCAGGAGAGAAGCCGCCCAGGAGGAAGACAGCCUACAAGAAUAGUCCCAUGGCUGAGGUGCAGACACUCAAUACCGCGGGGACGCGAAAGCUGCCGCCGGAUGGAAAG